GGCCCGUUCCGCAUAUACCGUGCCCCCGGGUCCGUGGCUUUCCUUAGCUGCGGCUCUGCCCUUCAGCCCAUCCUCCCGAAAAGUCAAUGCUGGUGCAUCGACGAGGAUAACAGCAGAUUCGUCUUACAGAUACGACGACCUCAAUACUGGAGAAUCGAGCUACCGGUCUUAGAUCCCGAUGACCAGGACCGCGCUUUAUUGCUAAAACAAGUUUUGGAUAAAACAUUGCUAUUUGAAAAGACACAUUGCCCAUUUAAGAGGAGUUUCACGGUAGAAUUACCGGAAGAGCCGCAUACACCAGUCAAAAAGAAGGCUUGGACGCCGGAAGGGAAGAAUUUAUUAUCGUCGCCUUUCUCCGACUCCUCCCCCCAAUCCUCGCCGACAGCCAAACUUUACAUGGAUAGACGUUCUAGUACUUUAAGCGACAUAUCCCUUUUUAGGGAUGACAUUGGACCACAUACACCCCGUGAUUUAUCACAAUACAACUAUCAGCCGGAAUCCGCACACUUAAUGUCCGAGUCUGAAGAAUCAACAGUCACCGAGGAGAGGGAAGAUAGUAUUCGUCCUAAAAAAUUAGAUCUAGCGGCUCUAAAGGCUCUCCAGGACGGCGGACAAUCUCUGGCUUCCAAUUUUGGUACUGUGUUGGAAUUAGCAAAUAUCCCAUGGGACAUUGUCAAGGAUAAUGUGGUUUCGUAUAAUACCAAGCAAUCGGUAUCAGGACAAAGCGACGUCAGCUCUACGAGCACAAGUCAUCAUCAGCGCGCCAUGCGAGCUCAGGAGGAGGCAGCAGCUUUGGCUGUGCAGGACGCUGAGCAGCUAUUAGACCCAGUAGAUUCUCACAGCAUCUCAACACAACCCCAGGCAUCACAAGCUGUCGAUUUCGAAAAGUGGGAGUCGAUGCUGCAAGAACCCCCCGCACCUAACAAUAGAAAAGGGAAAGUCACAGGUAAAGAAGUUGAUGAAGGGCCUUCUUCCUUCGAGGGAUCCGGUCGUAUCGCACCGAUCAAUCUAAAGAAGAAACGGAUGAGCCGAAUGUUAGCUGGCCGAACCUACACGGCUCCUCCACAGGUGACUACUGUGUCCUCGCUCCCUUCAAAGUCAAGAGAAUCAUCAGGCGCUACGAAGCCCCAUCCUCCGCCGCAUUCACGUCUUUUAGAAUCGGAUGAAAGUUCUCCUGCAGGGUCAAGCGACUCAUUUCAUAGUGUACAGUCAUGGAAUUCUUCACCAGCCAACCCGCUCCCUCCGUCGCCGCCAUCGUCUCGCCCAAUCACGCCUUCUGAAUCUCAAUUUCCUCAUCCACACGAUGAUAUCGUUCUUCCUCAUCAGUCUCCGCAUGAAAGGGACAAUCCGGCGUACACAAAUACGCCAGAGACGGAUAAGACGUUUGAUGCAAGCUCUGAAGGGGCCAAAGACCAUGCUAACGAAAUAGCCUCACCCUCCCAACGUUCUCCCGUCGAUAGUAAAAACAGCCAUGUGACUAUUGCCGAGUCUUCCAAGACAUCGCACGCAUCCGGUGUGGAAGAGAAACCGCAAAUUCGGCCGCGGCCACGACCUCAUAGCUUAUCCAUGAGCCGACGGGCUCUAUCACCGCUACCCCCUCCCGCUAACUUCUUCUCGCCACCCCCCAGGCAAACCCCUCAGAGUCGUAUGGCUGUUGUCCGUCGGCUACCAGCCACGAUAAUAAACAAGACGGUAGAGCUUAUUCUAAGCCCGCCAACUUAUCUCGUAAAUAUCAUGUUGAAAGUCGCCGCCAGAAUUCUCGCCGGCGAAUGGCGAGGCCUUGUCUUCGGCAUCGGCGAAGGAGGUGAGAAGAUCCCGGUCCAGUGGGAUUAUUCCGAUGGCGAGUUUAGCGAUUGGAGCGACGACGACGAAUCUUACGCGUCAGCAAGAAAUAAACAGAGCAGCAACAGCAUCUCACAGUUCGAAGAUGGCCGCUGGGAGGUUGACUAGAGAGACAAACGACAGGCUGCAUACAAUUUGUGUACUAUAGAAGUAUCGAUUUUAAUGAAGAUAUGGGCUUGCAUGGUCUAUUGCAUGGGGCAUGGGAUGGUUGAGGUUGGUGGGAGUUAGGGAGGGUUUAGGGCGGAACCAUCCAUCCAUCUCAAACAUUGUUCGGUUUUUCCAGCUGGAUUGGAACGGUAGGGUUGGGCAGGGCAGGGCAAGGGCAGGG